UAAUCAAUUAGUGACAAAAUGAAUUACACAUUUUUUCCCUCUUUUUUCAAUGAGUCAUUUCUUAACCAUACAGACACCCACCCCCCAUAUGCACCCAUUGAAGAGAAUAAAUGCCGUGUACCUGUAACCAUGGUAUUUACAAUGGCAUUAGCUUAUGGCAUUGUCAUACUCCUGGGGGUCUCUGGAAAUCUGGCCUUGAUAGGAAUCAUCCUAAAGCAAAAGGAGCUGAGAAAUGUGACCAACAUUCUCAUUGUUAAUCUGUCCCUUUCUGACCUUCUGGUAUCAUUUGUAUGUCUGCCCUUCACUUUUGUCUACACAUUAAUGGAUCACUGGAUCUUUGGUGAGGCCAUGUGCAAACUAAAUCCUUUUGUGCAAUGUGUCUCGAUCACUGUCUCCAUUUUCUCUUUGGUUCUCAUUGCCUUGGAGCGCCAUCAGCUUAUAGUCAACCCCCGAGGAUGGAGACCGACUAAUGUCCAUGCAUUUUUAGCAAUUGCCCUGAUCUGGUUCCUCUCUGUGGCUGCCUCCCUGCCUUUUGUGAUUUAUCAGGUGCUGACUGAUGAGCCAUUCCACAAUGUCACUGUCCCAACCUUCAAGGACAAGUAUGUUUGUUUCGAUCUGUUCCCAUCUAAUGUGCACAGGCUAUCUUACACCACUAUUCUCUUGGUGCUGCAGUACUUUGGGCCUCUGGUGUUCAUUCUUGUCUGCUACCUUAAGAUCUAUAUUCGACUGAAGAAGAGGAAUGACAUGAUGGACAGGAUCAGAGAGAACAAGCAUAGAGCCCAGGAAGCCCGCCGGAUCAAUGUGAUGCUUUUCUCCAUUGUGGUGGCCUUUGCCAUCUGCUGGAUGCCUCUGACCAUCUUUAACACGGUGUUUGACUGGAACCACAAGUUGAUCUCCAUCUGCCACCACAACCUGCUGUUCCUCCUGUGCCACCUGACGGCGAUGAUUUCCACCUGUGUCAACCCUGUCUUCUAUGGAUUCCUUAACAAGAAUUUCCAGAAAGAUUUGCAGGCUCUCUUUCGUUUCUGUGAUUUCAGGUCCCGUAACGAAGACUACGAGACCAUCGCUAUGUCCACCAUGAAUACGGAUGACUCCAAGACAUCUCAUAGGCAAGCCGGUGGUGAGGCCUCCCAGGCUCCUGGGGAGGAAGAAGAGGUCUGAAGAGGAUCUGAAGUGGGUGAGGGUUACAGAACCCAGGUGACAGCUGUUUUAACACCAAGCACAACCUGUCACACAAUUCUGUAACCCUCUCCUCCUCUAGGAUGUGUGGCUUUGCCUAGAUUGUCUUGCUGUUUUGGUUGUGGCUGUGAUGGCAGUUAAGAUCAGAAUGUUCAGACUUUGGAUUUACUUGUAUCAGCUGUUUCUAUCCAAAGUCUCAAUACUUACGGUUGUGUAACAUAUUUGUGAAACAAACAUAGGAAUAUAUAAGACAUAGAUUAUAUUUACUUCAAUGGAAUAUUUAACAACAACUUGAUUAUCAGCAUAUAUAGUAAUCAUAUACUACUCUCAUUAGUUAUUCUGCACCCUGUAAAGGAGAGACAGUGGGCCAACCGAAAAAGAGUCCAUUAACUUUGGAACUGCAUAGACUACUGGAUAGGAGAUACAAAGUCAGCAUUCAGAAUGUGAAGGGUUUUUUUUUUUUGAGAGAGAGAUUAUUUCUUGCCAGUUCAGACUGGUCUUUGUACCCACCUAAAUAUCCAUGACUUUAAAAGAAGAUUUAAUUUGCCACUAAUUGACUAGAACCUGAUGUAACAUUGCAUGUAAAUGAAAACUAAACCAUUUCUCAGCUGUUAGCCUAGAAAAUUAAGACAUAAACAUAUUAAAUGAAAAGCCAUUUCCAUAACUCAAGACUAUUUUGGAACAUGACUCAAAAGUUAUUCAGGGUAAUUAGAAUAAUACCUAAAUUAUUGUAACUACAAAUAAUAUACAAGCAUAUAUAUUUGAAUGGAAGAGAUUACCUCCAGUAGAACCUGUUUGGUUUUUGCUAAAAAGCCUAGAAUGUUACAAAAUCAUAUGAAAGGGUGCCUACUUUACAUUGAAACACCAAGUAUCAUGUAACACUAAGGGACAAGUAAAGGACCCCGAUACAGUAAUUCAAUCGAGAGUAUAUGAUAACUAGAUAAAAUCCAUUGAAAUUCAUCAUAUCUUGUGUGCAUUUAUAAACAAUAUACUCUAUUGAAUGUUAAAGUGGCUAUGUUAACAACUGAUAAAUAUAUACUCAAUAGAUGUAUAUCUAAUUAAUAUAUACCUAAUUGAUGUAUCUCUAUGUCUAAAUGACUAUUAAAACUAAGAAAUAAAGAAUCUAAGAAACUAGUACAUCAAGAAACCAAGAAACAUUUACUUGGAAGAACACACGUCCUAAGUUAAUUCUACAGCCAACCUAUGAAACAUCAAAGAGUUUGG